UCUUAAAAUGUGAUAAUGGAAGUCAGUUCAAAGGUAAUGUUCUAAGAUCUUUUUGUCAAGAGUUUGGAAUCAGAUUUCUUUUUACUCCAAAUUUUACCCCUCAUCCAAACCCUACUGAACGAAUUAAUCGUAUCAUGAAAACCAUGUUGAUGGCUUAUGUUAAAGAUAAUCACAGGUUGUGGGAUGUUAAUUUACCUGAACUAGGUUGUGCUAUUAGAACUGCCAAACAUGAGGUGACAGGUCAAACACCAUACUUCAUUAAUUUUGGUUGUGAGAUGAUGACUCAUGGAAGUGAAUAUCAUCUAAAAAUAGGGAAUGAAGAAAAUAAACAACGUGUGUAUGAUCGUUCUAAAAAUAUGAAUAGGUUGAGAGACUGGGUUAAGAAGCGGAUUGAUAAAGCUUCAGAUAACACCAGAGAAAGAUAUAAUUUAAGAAGAAGGGAUGUUCAUUUUAAGGAAAAUGAUUUAGUUUGGAAAAAGAACUAUGUUCUUUCUGAUAAAGCUAAUUAUUUUACAUCUAAGUUUGCUGAUAGAUUUGUUGGACCUUUUAGAGUAAAGCGUAAGGUUGGUUAUUGUACAUAUGAAUUAAUAAAUGAUAAUGGUAAGUCUAUUGGUCACUGGCAUGUGAAAGACUUGAAACCUCACCCACAGAACUCUGAUAGCCACGUUGAAUCGGAUUCUGAUGUAGAUAGUGUAACAUAGUAUGUAUUUUUAACAAGUUUCUUUGGGAUUCAAUUCAAAGAAACUUAAUUUUCUUUCCGGAAGGAAAGGUGGAGUUAUUACGGUUGAAAAUUUAGUAGUAACGUUUGUUGAGUUUUGGUUGUUUAUAACCGAUUAUUUUGUCCUUGGAGGAUGUAUAAUUUGUAUGUUUGGAUGUAUAUGCUUUUUGUGUGAGUCAGUGAGAGAAGAUUUUUGUUGUAGAGUUUUUUGUUUUGAACGCCUUGUUAGCAAAUCAACAACGUUCAUUCUUUUCAAUAAACAUUUUUGAGAAAGCACUUGAAGCCUGGUCGGCGAUUUGGAUUCCCAGUUUUUUUAAUUGAAAUGGUACUUUUUCAAUCCUUUGGUGGGAUGUACUGGGAAUUCUCUCAUUGAGGUAUCCGUUGGUGUGCUGGAAAUUUUGGGGCACGUAAAGAUUUGUCUUGGAAAAUCCUCUAGAGAUUAAUUCGAUGUUUAUUAAUGGCCAGGCUGAGAGUCGUGUAAUAGACCCUUUUGUAUGUUAAAGGGUGUUCCGGUAGUACAAAAUUGUAUGUAUUUAUCGAUCCUGUUUAAAGAAGUAAUAGAAGUACAUUUAUUUACCAGAUUUACAUUUAUUCAGUAUAUUGGAAAUAAUAAAUUUGGCAGAUUUAUUUAGAAGUUCGAUAUUUGACGUGACAUUUUGACAAAAUUUAAGGAAGAUUGCAGUGUGUUUAUCCAGGCAAAUGAUUUUUUUUAUUGAAGGAAAUAAGGACGGUAAUAGAUUUUAUUUUAUUUUAUGGGAGAAAACAAGAAAGAACAAGGUACAAUUUAGAUUGGGUUAAGGGGUCUAAAAAGGGGACUAAAAUACAAUGAUUUUUAUAUUUAUGUGAAGGAAACAGCUGGUUCUGGUUUAUUUUUUUUUUUAAUUAAUUACUUACUUUUGUUCUUAUAAACUAUUGAAAUCAAAAUUAAUAUUUGUAUGUAAAAAGGGACUUAAAAUUUUGUUGACAUUAUAUUCUCUAUAGUUA